AUGCACGAGAUCUUGACGCUCCAGCUGGGACAGCGGGCAAACUACCUGGCGACCCAUUUUUGGAAUAUUCAGGAAUCGUAUUUCACAUACAGCGGACAAGAGGAGUCUCCAGUAGACCAUGACGUCCACUUCCGACCAGGUGUUGGGGCAGACGGUGGUGAAACAUACACACCCCGGACGCUGAUCUAUGAUCUAAAGGGAGCAUUUGGCACCCUUCGCAAAAACAAUGCCUUGUAUGAGCUAACAGAAGAUCUGGCGCCCGGACAGGGCCUCUGGGACGGCAAGAAGGUCCAGCAACAACUAGUUCCAAUCCCACAGAGCGCCUAUCAAAAGAGUCUCGACACAGGGAUCCCAGCACCCCAACUUUCAUCAGAGACUGUUCGUUUCUGGUCCGACUAUAAUCGAGUGUUCUACCAUCCUCGUUCAAUUGUUCAGCUCAACGACUAUGAGCUUAACUCUAGGAUAAUGCCGUUUGAAGACUGGAGCCUCGGCGAGGAAUUAUUCAACGAGCUCGACAAGGAGCAUGAUCUUCUCGACCGAGACGUUCGGCCCUUUGCCGAAGAGUGUGACCAGCUACGUGCCUUGCAGAUAUUCACUUCAUCUGAUGAUGCUUGGGGUGGAUUCACAGCUCGGUAUGUGGACAGGCUCGUCGAUGAGUACGGAAAAAAGGCCGUCUUGGUGUGGGCUAUUGAGGACGGUAGAAGGACCCAUCAGAAUAGUAGAUUGAAACGUGAGAUGAACAAAGCUCGAUCUGUUUACUCCAUCUCUCCUGAAGCAACGAUGUACACGCCUAUCAUAGAUCCUCCCAGCCGGCUGCCGAGUACUAUGCAUGUCAACAAUAACUCCGAAUGGUACACAUCGGCCCUGAUCAGUAUCGCAAUGGAAAGUAUAACUCUUCCAACUCGACUUCGACCAUAUCAAAAUUUCGAGUCUUUAUUAGCAGGUGAUGACAGUAUUCGUCGAAUAUAUGAGCUACAGGCCUCAUUGGUUCCGCCGGCAGCAGACGAUAAGAAUGCGAAUCCUAAGCCCAAUCAGGCGGAAUCCUCUAAUCCACCAUCUUCAAGGGUGAAAACCGAAUUUGACGUGGACUUCACUUAUGAUUUGCGCAGCGACGAGUCCCAUGUCUUCAACCAACUUCAAGUCUUACGAGGGGUAGAGCCAGAAGAUGAUGAGGAAGAACCGUUAGAGGCGAACCUGGGUAUGGUUCGGAAAAUGCGGCUCUACAAUUCAGAGCCGAUGUUCCACAGGUUUCAUACACCAUUACAGUACCCAUUGCUUGACAGCUUUCCCAAUGACAUGAUAUCGCUGCCGAUUACUAUGAACAAGAUCAACGUCGUUGCCGCACUUACCGCGUCCUCACGCACAGCUGCCAGAAUCAAAGGAUUAGAGUCCGUAGCGGGCCGAGUGAUCGCUGUGGAUGAGAGGGAGAAUCUCGUCAAUGGAUUGGGAGAGAUUCGGGAGUCGUAUGAGACAGGCUGGAUGAGCGACUCGGACUUUGAUGAUGAUUAG